AUGACCUCGCAGCAAUGCACCGCUAAUGAAGCAGACCUCGCAGCGUUACGCACCGAGAAUGAGCGCAUCCGCGCCCAGCUCCCUCGACAUCACUCCAAUCAACCUCCGCACGACAGUGAUGAUCAUGAGGAGGAGACACAUUCAGCCUCCCAAUCCCGAGCGACGACUAAGGCAUCAACUUCACGACCUGCCACGCACCAGUCUCAUGCAUCAACGCACAGAACAGGACAGGGUACCAGUAGGGCCCCCACCCACGUCUCCGAGGGCCAAGAACCCUUCCGCCGUCAUCCCUUUGUGGAUGGCAUCAUGGAGACCCCGCUACCCCGCGGGUGGAAGCCCCUCCACCUUGACCGCUACGACGGCACCACGGACCCCGACGAGCACAUAGACUCGGUUUUUCCGACCUCACUCAAGGGACCCGCGCUUCAUUGGUACACCCAACUACCAGCCGGAUCCAUCGACAGCUUUGCCACCUUGAUGCGGCGAUUCAUGGCACAAUACGCCACCAGCCGGCCUCACCACACAACCUCGGCCGCCUUGGCCAACCUCAGGCAGAACGAUGAUGAAUCUCUGCGAGCUUUCAUGGAGCGCUUCUCCAACAUCUCGGUUCGGAUCCGGAAUCUAAACCCGGAGGUCGCCCUGCACGCCAUGCUCAUGGCACUGAAACCCGGAUCGUUCGUCGACAGCCUAUGCCGCGACGCCCCCCGCGACAUGGAUGAGCUGCGUGCCCGCGCCGCCGGCUACAUUCAGAUGGAAGAGCACUCGGCCUUCCGCGACCAAGUUCGCGGGAAGGGCCCCGCAAAACCGGAACAGGGCCACAAAGAUAAGGUAAAAGUCAAUAAUGACAGCCAAUUCAAGAAGCCGGCCAGAGCCAACAGAAGCGGGAGGUAUGACUUCUACACUCCCCUAAACGCCCCGAGAGUCCACAUCCUGGAAGAAGCCAGUAACAAUAACCUACUAGCCCUUCCACCACCCGGCCACACCCCCAACAGCGCCGAUAAGUCCAAACACUGCCGGUACCACAGGAACUACGGCCACACCACUGACAAGUGCCGCACGCUCCGGGACCACAUCGAAGAACUCAUCCAGGAAGGCCACCUCGGCCACUACAUCCAGCGACAGCCAGGUUCCCGAGGUGGCUCUAGAGGCUAA